CCACCGAACAGCCGCCUCGUGUUGUUGCCGUCGAAAUACCCUGAUACGAGACUUAUCCUUGGGCUUGACCUCAGAUAGCGCGCUGCUCUAGAUAUGCAGCUCGGUAGGCAACUGCACCGGGAGCAGAUAGUGCGGUCCAUUACAGCAGUAGCUCUGGCAACCUUUUCAGCGCAUGCCCUAACACGGCUGGUCCCUCGUUCCACGAACACCUACAGCUUAAUGCAGAGUGCUGUGGCUAUGCUGAUGUUGGCUUCCAUGUCACUUCUCGUCGUCACGCACCGCAGGCACAACGGGCCGCUCCUCACGCGGGCGCAGCAGGAGACGAUGCUCGUCGUGGCAUUCGGCAUGGUCUGGUUCGGUGAGUACGUCCGAUCGGCAUGCGGGUGGCGAGCGGCGAUUAGACACGAAAUCCCUCUUGCAAAGGCCAUGCGGUCCGGCGCGGGAAGGGGAAGGUGGGAGCCGGGGCUCACGAAUGGGUGGAGGUCGUAUCCUUGCGGGGGCGACGCGGUAUCCUGCGUGGAGGAAGAGUGGAUUUGGUACUGAGAGUCGGCAUGAAGCAUAGGCACGUUGCGCAGUGAGCCCGC